AUGGCCGUGUUAGCUAUUCAUCACCCGUGGGUGUUUGCUGUGGGUCUCUUAGGUAACAUCAUAUCCAUCAUGGUCUACCUUGCCCCAUUGCCGACGUUUUAUGGAGUAUACAAGAAGAAAACAACAGAAGGAUUUAAGUCGGUGAUAAACGUUGUAUCAUUAUUGGGUGCAACGCUAUGGAUUUACUAUGCAUUCCUCAAGUCCGAUGCUUACCCUCUCCUCUUCAUCAACUCCAUCGGAUGCCUCAUGCAGACUAUCUACAUUACCAUCUUCCUCGCUUAUGCACCUAAGACUGCCAGGAUUCUUACGGCAAAGCUGAUUCUCUUGUUAAACCUUGGGGUUUACAGUUUCGUCCUCCUCCUCACUCUCCUGUUAGUAAACGGACCAAUCCGCAUCCGGAUUGUUGGAUGGGUUUGUGUUGCAGCUUCUGUUGGCGUCUUCGCAGGGCCUUUGAGCGUUUUGAGGAUUGUUAUAAGAACCAAGAGUGUGGAGUUCAUGCAAUUUCGUUUAUCAGUAUUCCUCACUUUAGGUGCAGUAAUCUGGUUCUCUUAUGGUUUACUACUGAAGGACUUGUACAUUGCGCUACCAAACACAUUGGGCUUCAUAUUUGGGGUCAUCCAAAUGGUGGUGUACAUAAUUUACAGAGACAAUGACAAAGUAAAAGGAGACCUAGAAGAGAAGAUGCCGAAGGGGGAUGUACUCAAUCUCAAGCAAAGCACAAUGGAGAUUUCAGAUUUGCAACAAAUUUGUAAUGUAAAUGGAAAUGAACUGGAAGAAGACUGCAAACAGAAGGUGAUUAGACGAGCCGACGACCACCACAUUCGAAAAACCAUGGGAACCUCAACCCGAAUCGGAGGAGUCGACGACGUCCAAAUUACUGUGUGUCAAGUUUGA